AUGCGUGGAUGCCCCGCCCACGCAUCACCUUCACCGUCGCUGGCUAUCAUGUGCGCCUUCCAUAUCGAAGGCGGUGCAUGUGACAAUCCGGCCCUGCAGGCCGCGUUGGAGGCGGGCCACGAGGUGGUGCCGGUCUACAUCCACGCGCCGCACGAGGAAGGUGAGUGGGUGCCGGGCGCGGCCUCCGACGCGUGGCGCCACCGUUCGCUGGCGGCGCUGGAUGCCGACCUGCGUUCGCGCGGCUCGUCGCUGGUGCUGCGCCGCGGCGACAGCCUGGCGACGCUGCAGGCGCUGGUCGAACAGAUCGGCGCCGAGGCGGUGUACUGGAACCGCAAGUACGAACCGGCUACCCAACCGCGCGACGCGGAGAUCAAGCGCACGCUGCGCGAGCAGGGCAUCGAUGCGCAGAGCUGCAAUGGCAGCCUGCUGUUCGAACCCUGGGACAUCGCGACCCAGCAAGGCCAACCGUACAAGGUAUUCACUCCGUACUGGCGCAACGUACUCAGCCAUUGGCGCCUGCCGGCGCUGACGGCCGCACCGAAGGCACUGACAGCGCACGCGGUCGACAGCCUUGCGCUGGAUGAGCUGCGGCUUUCGCCUGCGCUGGACUGGGAUGCCGGUUUCUGGGAGCACUGGCAGCCGGGCGAGGCCGGCGCGCUGGAGGCGUUGUCCGUGUUCGAGGACGGUUCGUUGCGCGGCUAUCGCGAGCAGCGCGACCUGCCGGAUCGCGUGGGAACGUCGCGGAUGUCGCCGCACCUGCACUUCGGCGAGAUCGCGCCAUGGCGCAUCGCCCAUGCGCUGGAGGGCCUGCGCAGCGCCGGCACCGACGCCGAUAUCGACGGCUACCUGCGACAGCUGGGCUGGCGGGAUUUCGCCUAUCACCUGCUGCACAACUUCCCGAAGACGCCAACCGACAACCUCAAUCCGCGCUUCGAUCGCUUCCCGUGGGCAGAUCCGAGCGCUGCGCAGCUGCAUGACUGGCAGCGUGGCAACACCGGCGUGCCGAUCGUCGACGCCGGCCUACGCGAGCUGUGGCACACCGGCUACAUGCACAACCGGGUGCGGAUGAUCGUGGCCAGUUACCUGUGCAAGCACCUGCGUGCGCACUGGUUGCAUGGCGCGCGCUGGUUCUGGGACACCCUGGUCGACGCCGACCUGGCCAACAACACGAUGGGCUGGCAAUGGGUGGCCGGAACAGGCGCCGACGCCGCGCCGUACUUCCGUGUGUUCAAUCCGGUGACCCAGGCCGAGAAAUUCGAUCCGCAGGCGCGCUACAUCACGCGCUGGGUGCCGGAACUGGCUGCGCUGCCGCUGAAGGCACGCUUCGCGCCGUGGCAGCAUCCGCUGCUGCUGGAGGCGCAUGCCCCUGGCUAUCCGCGCACGCCUCUGGUGGACCUGGCGGCGGGUCGCGAUGCCGCUCUGGCUGCUUACCGCCAGUCGGGGGCGGGGUAA